AUGCUUUUCAUAUUUUAUACUUUCUCUUUAGCCUUAUCCGUUGGCCAUUGCGAAACUACAUUUAUCUCUGCAAGAAAGAAACAGUCUAACGUCUCUUCUUCAGUUCCUCGUUUAGAUCAGUCUUCCUCAAACACUUCAGAAAUAAUCAAUCCUAUCCCUGGUUCCCGAAAUGUACCCUCAGUUAGCCAUUCAGAUCUUACUACCCCAAUGACUUCUAUAAUCAUUGAAACGGUUACAGUUCCUACAACGAGCUCUUUUGUUGGAAACGAAGCUAUAGCUAACACGAGUGUCUCGCCGCCUGCUGAAUUAGUGCAAGCUAUCUAUAAUUACAAGGCUGCCCACUCCGAUGAAUUAACUUUUCAGGAGGGCGAGAUUAUUCGUGUUCUUGGCCGAGAUGAACCUGAGUGGUGGCGUGGCCGAAUAGAGUCAUCACGGCAAGUGGGCCUCUUUCCCUGCAACUACGUCAAGCCUUACUCGGGAACCAAACCCUCCAAUACCAGCACUUCCUCUUCAACAUGUGAGUUGAAUGAAGCCACGCAUUAA